AGAACACGCGAGCACGCAUCCGGCGUAACGACAUCUUGUACAUCGAACCGUCGUUAUUUUAACACGCAACCAUUAUCUUUUCCAAGGUACGUAGGGGGAGAGCAAAAAUCCGACUCCUUGAAAAUAUCGUCGAACAAUGGGGACAACAAGAAAUCCAAGAAAACUAAGGAAACCAAGGAAUCGAAGGAAUCGAAAGAGACCGAGAAGAAAAAAGGUUCCAAGGAUGUGAGGUUGAUGUCGAAUCUUCCUAACGACACGGCGGUACACUUUGGAAGUUUUUAUGGUGUCGAAGGAAACGUGAAUAAACCACGAACGACCAAAGUAAAGAAUUCCAUGGACUCUAUUAAUUUAUCGUACAAAUCGAUACCGAGACUGGAAUUUACUAGGCAAAUGGUCCAGAAACUGGAACGAACAGCUGGUACGGAGGACUACGCGCGACAAGUGUCAGCCUUAUUGGAGGAGACGGUCGAACCGGCGCAUUUCAAACUGCAUUCUCUGCCAACCGAGAAUUCGAUUCCAGACGGGAGAUACAAUCCCACGGGAUUCCCUCUCUGGUACAAGGAACCUUAUAAAAUACCAUUCGCUUCGGAUGAGAUUUAUAAACUUUUAAAAGAGAAACUUGAUAACAUGGAAGGAAAAGCGAGAAAUAUCUUCGAGGAUGAAUCUCCGGAGAAAAGUUCGUUAGAAGAAUUCAGCGAAGAUGAGCAAAUGGAGUAUGGUGAAAAUGACGACGACAUACACGAUAUACUGAAGAGAGGAAAAUCGUCGAUACAUUUGUUGUCGAAUAAAUCGUCUUCUCUUACCGAGGCGAAGGACACAGAUUCGAAGGAAAGCAGUGAAAUUUCUUUGAAUGUGAAACCGAAUAAAUCAACUUUGCCGCAUCAACGCUGAAGCGGUUUUAUGAACAUCUGAAAAAUAAACAAUUAAAUAUUAAUUGCAGAAAUAGAA